AUGCUCAGCUACAGCAACGACAGAAGCUACGUCAACUACAGAACCUCCUGUGUCAACCGCAGAUGGAUCAACACAUUUCAUGACGACAAAACCAACAACAUCUGCACCUACCACAGAAGCUACAACAGCUUUGACAACGACAAAACCAACAACAUCUGCACCAACCACAGAAGCUACAACAGCUUCGACAACGACAAAACCAACAACAUCUGCACCAACCACAGAAGCUACAACAGCUUCGACAACGACAAAACCAACAACAUUUGCACCAACCACAGAAAUUACAACAACUUCAACACCAACAACACCACCAACAUCUGGCCCAACUACAGACAGUACACCAGCUUCGUCACCGACAUCUGGACCAACCACAGAUGCUACACCAGAUACAACACAGACAAAACCUCCGACAUCUGCACCAACCACAGACGCUACACCAGAUACAACACAGACAAAAACUCCGACAUCUGCACCAACCACAGACGCUACACCAGAUACAACACAGACAAAAACUCCGACAUCUGGACCAACCACAGACGCUACACCAGAUACAACACAGACAAAAACUCCGACAUCUGCACCAACCACAGACGCUACACCAGAUACAACACAGACAAAACCGACAACAUCUGGACCAACUACAGACAGUACACCAACUUCGUCACUGACAUCUGGACCAACCACAGACGCUACACCAGAUACAACACAGACAAAAACUCCGACAUCUGCACCAACCACAGACGCUACACCAGAUACAACACAGACAAAACCGACAACAUCUGGACCAACUACAGACAGUACACCAACUUCGUCACAGACAUCUGGACCAACCACAGACGCUACACCAGAUACAACACAGACAAAAACUCCGACAUCUGGACCAACCACAGACGCUACACCAGAUACAACACAGACAAAAACUCCGACAUCUGCACCAACCACAGACGCUACACCAGAUACAACACAGACAAAACCGACAACAUCUGGACCAACUACAGACAGUACACCAACUUCGUCACCGACAUCUGGACCAACCACAGAUGCUACACCAGAUACAACACAGACAAAAACUCCGACAUCUGGACCAACUACAGACAGUACACCAACUUCGUCACCGACAUCUGGACCAACCACAGACGCUACACCAGAUACAACACAGACAAAACCGACAACAUCUGGACCAACUACAGACAGUACACCAACUUCGUCACCGACAUCUGGACCAACCACAGAUGCUACACCAGAUACAACACAGACAAAAACUCCGACAUCUGCACCAACCACAGAUGCUACACCAGAUACAACACAGACAAAACCAACAACAUCUGGCCCAACUCCAGACAGUACCCCAACUUCAACAACAACAAAACCUCCAACAAAUACUCCAGCUUCGACAGCUACUCCACAAACAGAAACUCCACCAACAAAGGGUCCAAGUCUUUCACCAAGCACAGAAUCUUUUUCAACGAAUGCUCCCUCCACAGCACCAGAACAAGCAACUACAAAACCUCCAAAUUAAAUAAGAAAGGCACCAAGAGCAAAGAGGAAGACCUUUGGAAAUCCAACCAAAUCCCUUCCUUUGUCAAGCCUCCACCGCCCUACAGCAGCAGCAACGGGUUUUCCAACUGGAACAAAGAGCCAGCAGACAGCCUGGUAAAUUCUGGGUUCCCUCGAAUCCCACGGGCAAAUACCAGCACCAGCUGGGGUAGCAAGACCAACCUGGAGAUGACUCCGACCAACAACCGACAAAACUUGGUUUUUUCAGGGAGAAACUCGCGAUUCAACGACUCCCAAGAUGAUAUGUUUUCAUUCUCCCAGAGUCGACCCAAAAUCAACCCCUAUGAGCGGCUCCAGUCCAGAAGCAGCGCAUACUCUCCGUACCGACAAACAAACCCUUACGCUCAGAUCCGAGGCCAGACAAACCCUUACUUUAAAUAA